CUAAUCCCUUCUGAGAGGAUAGAGGCUUAGUUGGUAGUCGGGGUUGGUUGACCACACUUUUUCUCCGAAGGGGAACCAUCUGAAUAUCCAGGUUUUUUUUUUAUUUCAUGAAGUGUUGAAUUGUUUUUCUCGGAGCUCCACCUGUGCGUGUCCAGAUCUCUGUCCGGCUCUGAGGACCUGCCCCCCCCAACAGGCCACUCGGCAGGUCAUCAGAGGGAGCUAAUCAUCUCCUGGUAGCUCGUUCGGAGGCCAUUUUGGAGGCUGUGCGGGCUGGGGGAAGCACGGUGCUGCCGCCUGGUUCACUAACUUUUAUCUCCAGUUCUUUGCUUUGUCACUUUCACCCAGGAUUUCGAAAUGAAGGACCGACUGGCACAGCUGAAGGAGAAGAGCGAUACGGGUGGAGAUGACAUCGUGGUUCCGGUGGAGAAUGAAGCUUUCAUGGACGACUUCUUCACUCAGAUCGAGGACAUACGCACCAGCAUCGACAAGAUUGACGAGAGUGUCACAGAAAUUAAGAAACUGUACUCCGCCAUCUUGUCGGCCCCCACGCCUGACCAGAAAACACAGGACGACGUCGAGGCGCUCACCAACGAGAUAAAGAAGUCGGCCAACAAUGCCAGAAACAAGCUCAAAAGUAUUGAACGGCAGCUGGAGUCAAACACAGAUGAACGGGCCUCGGCCGACGUCAGGAUACGCAAGUCACAGCAAGCCAUUCUGGCCAAGAAGUUUGUGGAGGUCAUGACCAAAUACAACGAGGCCCAGAUGGACUUCAGAGACAAGAGCAAAGGACGGAUCGCCCGCCAGCUGGAGAUCACGGGAAAAGCCAUGACUGAUGAGGAGCUGGAGGAGAUGCUGGAGGGAGGAAACUCCGCCGUGUUCUCGGCCGGGAUCACGGAGUCCAAGAUCAACCAGCAGGCCCUCAACGAGAUAGAGGCGCGGCACAAAGACAUCAUGAGGCUGGAGAGCAGCGUCAAAGAGCUCCACGACAUGUUUGUGGACAUCGCCAUGCUGGUGGAGAACCAGGGUGGCAUGAUUGACCGGAUUGAGAGCAACAUGGACCAGUCGGUGGGCUUUGUGGAGAGAGCGGUGGCCGACACCAAGAAGGCGGCCAAGUACCAGCAGGAGGCGCGCAGGAAACAAAUGAUGAUCUUCUGCUGCUGUGUGAUUCUGGCCCUUAUCGUCGGCUCAUUUCUCUACAGCUUCAUCAAAUAGGGAGGCCCCCACCAGCGGGGUCCACAGCUGGGUCAGGACAGACCUCCCCUUGUGUGUUUGUUUGGGGGGCGAGGUUUCGUAUCUUUUCAGUUAAUGGAUAGAAAGACAACACGUUCAUCCUCUGGUAUUUUGGAUUAGUUUCUGCCAUUUUUCUUAGUACUGCCAGAGUUUCCGGACUUCAGGUCAGUUCCAGUGACCCUCACCGUUAUCUCCAGAAUAUUUACACUUUCAUUUGAAUUCUUUCGUAGGCUGGUUGGUGUCAGCAUCCGUGUACAGCAGAGUUCAGAGAGCCAUUUGAUGAGAGACAAGCUCAGUCUUAGCCAACAGACGGGUAACCCAAGUCAUACAUGCCCAUUUAAGGUUUGAACAAAUAACAGAUGAAUGAUUUUAGAGAAGAGGAAGAAAGUAGCUCAUUUUAACAUAAAAAUGUAAAAUAUAUUUGAUAUGAAAAUGUGUCUUUCAUCUUUGGCUCUGACUUCCACACUAUGACAGUUGCAGUUUUAAGGGGGGGGGGCGGGGAUAAUGGCAUUAGGCCCAGAAUCUCUUAGUGAUCUUGGUGUGUACAUGUAGGAGUGUGUACUUUAGAGAGCUCCACCUGCAGCAUGUUCGACCAGCAACAAACUCCCGGCUCGCCUUCCACCGCCGCUCAGAACCAGAUCGCUGCCCCGUUUGAGCUCAGUUGCAGCUUUAGUUCUCCUUUCCACGGGAGCCAAAAUCCUUUUUCUGCGUUUCCGAAGCAGCUGGGUCUCCCUUCAUUCACAGCCGGGGCUCCAGAACGGGAGCAGAAACAAUGAAAAAAGCUAAUUUUUUUUCUGUUUUCCUGGAGGAACGUGCUGAUGGUGGUAGGGACAGUGAGGUGAAAUAAGGCCGUCCAGCUCACCGUGGAGUCUGGACCCCACUGACCGCUCUUUGGUCCAAAUGUCUGCUGCGUGUGCUCGGAUACGGAAGCAUACUGUGCCUGUUCUCAGACCAUCACCAGCCAGACACUGUGGAUUCUGCACCCGCUAUGAGGCUCGUACGGGCCUUUAUCCAAAGAAGUUUUCAAUUCACUGAGGAAUGAGGGUCAUUUUUAAUUAUUACUCAAACUGUCUUUGGAGGGCAAAUAUGUUUCUCUGGCUUAAUCUUAAAUAAUGUAGUUUUUCUGUUAAACUCUAGACGAAAUACUGGUAAAAAAAAAUCCCAAUAGAAAUAAAGGAAAAUGUAAUAGAACGAGGUCAAAAUGGUAAUAGAAUUCCCAAGAAUAUUUAUAGUUGAAUGUGAGAUAAGAAAUGAAAAGGGAAAAAAACAGCCCUGAUUUAUUUGACUUCAGCCUUUAAGCUCUUACUGCUUGCUUUAGGUGUUGAGUUUUGUUCUCGUUGAAAACAAAGAUUACUUCAUUUUUUUUAUAUUUGUGUUUUACACCGUUUUUUUUUUUUUUUUUUUUUUUUACAGUACUGCUGUAUCUCCAAAGAGGUUCAUCAGGUUGUGAACCCUGCUUUGUUUCUGAUUAUUCUUCCUCAUUUGCACCCUCCUUCUUUG